AUGCCCGUGGAACGCAUCUUGAACCCUUUGAACGGCGUUGAACGCGCUAUCUCGGUUCUGUCCACGUCGUCUGCUCUUCGGAGCACGGGCAUGGUUGCUCAAGAAUUUGCAGGUGCAGAGUGGUGGGUUCAAGACGUAGGCCCUGAAGAAAAUCCAAAAGGUUUCCAUACUGACUGUAACUUCCAAACAAAAACAGGAAAUGCCAGAAAUGAGAAUGUAUAUCAGGGUAACGCAUGUCGUUGCGCAGUCUUCCACCCAACAGUAGCAAGUGUCCUUUACCUUGUAAACAAUGGUGGUGCAACAGCAAUAUUUGGACAGGCAAAGCAGUUUUUUUCAGAUUAUUCUAUCUUGCAGCCGCGGUUGCCUACAGAAGUGUGUAUUGUGAACCCAAAGCGUAACAGGGUGCUUGUUUUUGAAGGAGACAGGUAUCACGCUGUAUUACACCCAGCGUCAUCUUAUGAGGACAGUUCUUGUCAACGGGUACGGUCGUCACUGGCAUUGCCUUAGUUUUUUUGCCACUUUACUCUGCGAAAACUUUCUCAAUGCGACUCUGCAUAUUUUUGUUUGACUCUUGCAUAUUUCUAAUUCAAAAUAUCCUCAAACAACGUCCUUCUUCUGCUGCCUAUGGGACAGAUUACUUUUCUCGUCAAUUGGUGGAAAAGUAGACCUGAUGGAGUUGUUGAACUCCCGAGAUGUUUUGUUACAAAUAAGAACUUCUUUUCAGAUGAACUGUUAGCUUGGAAAAUUCCGGGGCAUCAACCUCACGGCGUGCACGAAGAGAAAAGACAGAACAUUCGUGUUUAUUUGACACGAGGUUGCGAAGUGUUUCUCACAGGGGUAAACUUUUUUGAUCACAUUGAAAGGUGGCAGUCCCAGAAGAUGCCGACAGGUUUUGAAGAACUGGUCCGU